AGGGUGUCAGGAUUGAAGACAAAUCAUGAUACCCUUUAGACAUGGCUGUGUCAAGACCCACCUCAAGUAAGUUCAAACAAUUUCCCAUACACACUCUCUGAUUUUGCCCCAGUAAAUUCUACUGGUGGAAGUGAAGACAAAUUGUGGAUAUGAGUUGGAUGCUGAAAAUCUUUUGAAGCCUUCUGAUUGGUGGACACGAAAGCUGCCUAUCACGGACCACAACUGCCAUUCAUGCAAUUAUAACCACUCAUCAUGGGUUCUCACUGUCUACACAUACAAAUUAGACUCUUCUGGAUUGCAAUUUUCAUUUCACUCUGGGGAAGUCAAUCUAGCUGCGAGCUUUAGAAGGACAAUGGCAUCAAUGGCCGCCACAGCCAGUUCCAGCGCUGUAGUUAGAGCAACACCAUUUUUGGGUCAAACCAGGACCGCCAACUCUCUUAGAGAUGUUGUUUCUCUGGGCUCUGGCAAAUUCACCAUGGGCAAUGAACUGUGGUAUGGACCGGACCGUGUGAAGUACUUGGGACCCUUUUCAGCUCAGACUCCAUCCUACUUGACUGGAGAAUUUCCUGGUGAUUAUGGAUGGGACACUGCUGGCUUAUCUGCUGAUCCUGAGGCCUUUGCCAGGAACAGGGCUCUUGAGGUUAUCCACGGCCGAUGGGCGAUGCUCGGGGCUCUGGGAUGCAUCACCCCGGAAGUCCUAGAGAAAUGGGUAAAAGUGGAUUUCAAAGAGCCAGUUUGGUUCAAAGCCGGUGCUCAAAUCUUCUCCGAAGGUGGCCUAGACUAUUUAGGCAACCCCAACCUUGUCCAUGCUCAAAGCAUUCUGGCAGUACUCGGCUUCCAAGGAUUUCGCAUUAACGGCCUUCCUGGAGUUGGAGAGGGCAACGACCUCUACCCCGGUGGCCAAUAUUUUGACCCUCUCGGCCUUGCCGAUGACCCAGUCACCUUUGCUGAGCUUAAGGUGAAGGAGAUCAAGAACGGAAGACUAGCCAUGUUCUCCAUGUUUGGGUUCUUUGUCCAAGCAAUUGUCACCGGCAAAGGACCUCUUGAGAACCUCUUGGAUCACCUUGAGAACCCUGUUGCCAACAAUGCAUGGGUCUAUGCCACCAAGUUUGUUCCGGGAUCUUAG